UCAGUGCCUCACCUGACGUCGGAGGAGAAGGAUGUAGCGCCUUGCGUCUCUACAUCCUCCCUCACGUGGGCUUUCCUUAUCCGCUUCCUUCGUUGCCUUCACAUAAGAACUGAGACAUAGCCGGGCUUCCUACGGGUGCCUAGUGAAGCUGUUACAUAUAAGGACGUUUGGGAGGAGAGUGAACAAGAGAGUGGCGAGAAAAUAGCGAUGUGGUUGUGUGGUUUUCUGUCAUCUCCUCCAAGUGUUUAGCGUCAUGGGAGCGGCCAGUACGGGCAGCGCGAUGAGGUUCAUGUCCGCCCGAGCUGUCUUCCUCUCCCUCGCUCUCCUCUCCAUCCUCUCCCUCCUCCUCUCCUGCCACCUAUCGUCCAUCCAGGGUGGCGGCGGGGGUCUGGGGGCAGGAUGGGGAGGCCGCGCACCCCCCCAGCGAGGAAUCCUUUCCAGAGGGGGACAGAAAAUAGAGGCGACUCCCCUCACUCCACCGCUGUUGACGCUGCUGAAGAAGUUAGAAACGCCGUAUUUGAAAGGCGCUCACGACUCCCCUUGUAUAGUUCUCCUAAGGGGCCAGAAGCUACUAGUGACCAAGGACUUGCCCACUUACACCGUUGCCCUCCAACAUCUCUCAUCAUCACCACCACCACCAGCAGCACCUCCAGCCCCACCUCCACCUCCACCACGUCUUCUCGACACCACGGAGAUGAGAGUUCGGAUGGUGGGGGUGAAUGGAUCUGUAUAUUAUGCAUUAGAAGAGGAAGCGAUGCGUGGGGGUAGAGUGGCUGCCCGAGAGUGGCGUGUGUUGGUCUGCCUCACUUACACGGACGGUGACUCCUCGGCGUGCCUCCCGAGGAAACUGUUCCCUGCACUUGGGCCGCAACACAAGGUGGGUCGGAUUCCAGGUCUGCGCUCAACGUUAUGGCGGCGAGACGCGUUUUGCGAGCUCCUCCACGCCUCACGUCUGGUUCCCACUAUUCGCAGCCUCUCCCCCCCAUGCUACGCCCUCCCUGCCCACGCCCACCACCUCUCAGCCGCCGCCCACGCCCUCCCAGACUCCUUCAUGUGGGUGAUAAAGGGCGCGCAUGCAGGGACAGGCGUGGAGGUGGUAAAUAAUAAGAGACUGAUGGACAUGCUGAGAGAUAAGCGGCUGGGCGUGGGGCAGGUGGUGCAGGCACACUGGGGGCCGCCGCUAGAGGUGCUGGGGGCGGCGGUGUGUGUGCGCGUGUACCUGCUGCUCACCUCCCUCCAGCCUCUUCGAGCACACCUCCACACUCACGCAGAGGUCACCUUCCGCGCCCCUGCUAACAGAGGAUACGCAAAGAUCCCCGGGCGGGAGUGGACGUGGGCAGCUCUGGCCUCGUGGGUAGGGCGGGAGGGCGGGGAGGCGGCGAUUCGGGCGCUGACCACCAACACAGAGGCAUUGCUGACCACCCUCGCACUAGUUGCUGACCUGUUGCUGCCCGCCAAGGUGUCUGCCCUCAGGAGAGCCCCGCGACGAUAUAGGUGCGAGGGUUGCUACCACUUAAUGGCUGUGGAUCUAGUCUAUAACUCCACCUUCUACCCUGUCAUCGUGGGAGUGGACGGACAGCCGGACCUCUCGCCGCCCACCCCUGCCCACCCUGCCCUCGCCGCUGUAAGAGAGAAAGUGGUGCGUGACCUGCUGACGCUGCUGACGAGGAACAAGCAGGUGGCGGGGCAGGUACUGGAGGCACUGACGGAGGCGGCUGACAAUGUGGGAGUGGUGGGGCUGGACUGCCUCAUCUCCCACGAGCUGUGCCUCACCCCGGCAGACCUUGAGUAUCUCCUCCAAACACGCCGAGAAAACGAAAACCCGGGACACUGGGAGCCGACUUCUCUUGCAUUGGAGAAAACGAAUAUACUGGAACAAGAAGGUAGAGCAGGGAGAGAAGGUAUGAAGAGGGGUGUUUAUAAGGGAGGUGAAGGCGGAGGAGGAUCUGAUAAGGAGGACAAUAUGAAGGAAAUGGUGUAUGAAGAACGGACGUUUCCAAAUUAUGAACAACCGAAUAUAUUCAGUGAUGAAGAAGGGAACGAUAAAGAAAAGAAGCCUGGUGAGAAGGAAGGUGAGGGCCGGAAAGUCUUGCAUACCCUAAAUAAAGAGGGAAGCAGGGAAGAAAUGCAGGAUUAUGAGGGGAAAACUGAUGCUGAAGAGGGGAAAAUAACGAAGCAGAAAGCUAACCCUGAUAAUGCUGGGGGUGAGAGAGGUGCCGGUGCUGAUGGCGGUGGUGUCGGUGGAGGCUUUGUGAUGACCUACCCGUCCCCUGUGGGUCACCUCUACGACCAGGCAAUCAACGACCUCUACCAGGCAAUGUUUCCUCUACCACUACUACUACUACUACUACUACUACUACUACUACUACUACUACUUCUACUACUACUACUACUACUACUACUACUACUACUACUACUACAAUACAGGGAGAGCUGGAGACACCUAACACGUGACCUCCAUGGGCUGCUAACUUCCAUGGAGGGUUACAUCCGACCACUACCACCCGGUGUCACCCCGCUAGUGGCCAGCCUUGACCUGCGCGGGACGGACGCGGUGCUGCGGAAGUGGCAGCGGCACAAAGCGGCGGGCCCGGGACGCCGCUGCAUGGAGGAUCCUGCCACUGCGCCGUACCUUCAGGGGAUCACAUUAGUACCGGACAUCCCCCUCACCCCAUCCUUCACACCGCUGGUCACCUCCUACUGGGGUCAGGUCGCUUACGAGAUCAUCACGGUCAAGAUUGCCGGCAUUGCCCUUCAUUGCCAAGCUGAGGCGCGGCUGGACGACAAAUUUGGAGCUUCCACGCUGGUCAACUAUACCCUGGGCUUGGGGGAGAACAAGGUGGUUGUGGUGGUGGUGGAGAUCGGCCACUCCGAACCCUGGACUCUCAACACCUACACCGUCCACCUCACUCGCCUACCGCCACCCCGCCCUCCUCCACCACCCCCUAACACGCCCCUCCAUGUGUGCGCCCUCAAACAGGAGUGUGGCCUGAGGAUCGUGCCCUCUGAACCAUGUGGCCUCACCAGGGAAGCCUCCUACGCCACCUGGCCCGCCUUCCUCAACCACCGGGACGCCCUGCAACACUGCACACACGGCGACGCCCCCGGUCGGUGGGUACUGCCGUGUGUAUCCUGCGGGGGUAGGGCCGGCUGUGACUGGGCGAGUGCGGUGUGGCAGCCCUACGCCUGCUCCCACCACCCGCUGCCCACCCUUGCCCUCAGGUCCUGCCUCAAGGGCAAGACGCUGAUAUUCAUCGGGGAUAGCACCAACAGAGGCAUGUUGUACACCCUUCUGGAGUGGGUGAACGGAACACUCUAUUCUUGGGACAAGACUCACGACCUCAGACUGGUGAAGGGCGCCAACCACGGCCACACGACUUUCGCCUUUGCCUACUACCCUCGCUUCUGGCUCCCCUCCAACCAGCGGCCAGCCUUCGACCAGACGCUCGACCAGCUCUUGCAGAGGGCAGGUCCCCUCAGUAACUCGACCAACACGGUGGUGGUGGUGGGAGGGGUGCACUGGCUGGCGGUCCAACACCUUCACAUGCUGACGGCGGCGCUACUCAGGGAGGGACUGCAGGCCGCCAUGGUGGUGGUGAAGACUCCAGGGGCAGGGUUUCACGUGGCAGCCCCAGGGGUACACACCGUCUCCAUGGUGAGUGCACACACACACAGUCUGGCGGCCAACUCCUGCCACACGCCCACCCCAUACACCUACACGAUCCCGUGA